CUAGCAGAAUGCGACAUGGUUUUAACAAAUAUUUAACAAAAAAACAUCAUACAAAAUGUGGGAAAAUUAUUGAAAAAAUGUUAUAGAACAUAGAGUGUGAGAAGAGGCUAAUGGUAAUGGCUGCUAUGGAGGAAGAAUCCCUACAAAAGUGUCUACACUUUGAUAAGAAGUGUGGUUUCGAUUCGCAAACUGGAAUCUAUCAUUCGUUGGUUCGUCUCGACGAACAUCAAAAGAUCCCGACUCAUCCCAAUCUUGACAUAGCCACGUACGUGCUGUCUCAUUUCCCUCCACCGGAGGAGGCUGAGAGCCGCGUUGCGCUCAUCGACUCCGACACCGGCCACCGCAUCACCUAUGCUCAGCUCCACCGGUCCAUCACCUGCCUGGCUGCUGGUUUGCAUCACGGGCUCGGGGUGAGGAAGGGCGAUGUGGUGUUCGUCUUGUCGCCUAACUCGCUGCUGUAUCCAACCAUAUGUCUCGCUGUGCUCUACAUUGGUGCCGUCAUCACCACUGCUAAUCCGGUUAAUACUGAAGAGGAGAUCAUCAAGCAAGUGCGUGAUUCGGGUGCAAUCCUAGCCAUUGCUGUACCCUCGGAGGUUUCCAAGCUGUCUUCGGCUGGAGUGCCUGUUCUCCAUACUUCGCGUGGUGGAGGAGGCGGUCAUCUUUCUGUUGAGGAGCUGAUCGAGAAAUGUGAAGCUUUGGAGAUUACAGAGGUGAAGCCGAAUCAGUCUGAGACGGCAGCAAUUUUGUACUCUUCGGGGACUACCGGAACCAGCAAAGGAGUGGUAUUGACUCAUUCCAAUUUCAUCUCGGUUGUGACAAUGAUGAAAUGGUCUACCCAAGUAUCCAAGGCCAGUGAUGAUGUGAUCUUAUGUUUCAUACCUAUAUUCCACAUCUACGGCCUAGUAUUUUUCGCGCUGGGAUUGUUCAGCACGGGAAACACGGUCGUGCUAAUGAAAAGAUUCGAUUUCCAAGCAAUGCUUGAAGCUAUUCAGAAAUACAAGGUGAACAACAUACCUGCUGUUCCUCCAGUGAUUCUUGGUCUGGUUAAGCAUGAUACAAGAAGGCAUGACUUAACUUCCUUGCGACGAGUGGGAUCAGGAGCGGCGCCACUGAGCAACGAGGUGGCUGAGGCGUUCAGAAAGAAGUUCCCAUGGGUUGAGCUUAGGCCAGGCUACGGAUUAACUGAGUCUUGUGGAGCUACUACUUACUUUGCUACUGAUAAGGAGGUAAAGGCUCGCCCUGGCUCAUCAGCAAGGCUGCUUCCGUAUUUCAGUGCCAAGGUGGUGGACCCCGAGACGGGAGAGGUGCUUCCGCCUUUCAGGGAAGGAGAACUCUGGUUAAAGAGCCCAACUGUGAUGAAAGAGUACUUGGGAAAUGAGGAGGCAACUGCUGUAACUUUUGAUCCGGAAGGAUGGCUUAAAACAGGCGAUCUUUGUUACUUCGAUGAUGAAGGAUACAUUUAUGUAGUCGACCGGAUCAAGGAACUGAUCAAGCACAAUGGUUAUCAGGUGGCUCCAGCAGAGCUGGAAGCAAUACUAAUAGGCCAUCCCGAAAUAACCGAUGCAGCAGUCAUACCGCUUGAAGAUGAAGCUGCAGGACAAAUACCUGUCGCAUGUGUGGUCAGAGCAUCGGCUGAUAAGUUAACAGAAGAUCAAGUCAUCCAAUUCAUUAAUAGCCAGGUAGCACCAUACAAAGCGAUUAGGAGAGUAAAUUUCAUCAAUGCCAUACCGAGGUCUGCUGCUGGCAAAAUUCUGAGAAGGCAAUUGAUAUCACAGAGUAAGCAGCAGAUGCCCUCCAGAUUAUGAAGUAGAAGGAAUCUUCAUCUGAAUUUUCAAAUCGAAUCAUUGUGUUUCUAUAUAUAUAUC